AUGAAGAAGAUCCUGAUCCCAUUCCCAAGUAUUUCUCCGGAAGAAAUCGUGUACGCCAGACUUUGUACUUCCUCUUUCCGUCAACGGAGUUUAGUACACGAUGGGACGUGUGCUGCUAAACUCCGGCAUAUUGACUUUGCUGAACGCCAUGGAUACAUCAAGGGGAUCGUAAAGGACAUUAUCCACGAUCCAGGCCGUGGUGCUCCUCUGGCUAAAGUGGCCUUCCGUGAUCCAUACCGCUUCAAGAAAAGAACUGAGCUGUUCAUUGCGGCUGAAGGCAUCCACACUGGACAGUUCAUCUAUUGUGGCAAGAAAGCCCAGCUUAACAUCGGCAAUGUACUGCCUGUGGGUGUCAUGCCUGAGGGUACAAUCAUCUGCUGCUUGGAGGAGAAGCCUGGAGACAGGGGCAAGCUGGCUCGCGCUUCAGGGAACUAUGCCACAGUGAUCUCCCACAACCCAGAAACUAAGAAGUCCAGAGUGAAGCUUCCUUCUGGAUCUAAGAAAGUCAUUGCUUCAGCCAACAGAGCGGUUGUCGGUGUUGUUGCUGGAGGUGGACGUAUUGACAAACCUAUUCUGAAAGCUGGUCGUGCUUACCACAAAUACAAGGCCAAGAGGAACUGCUGGCCACGUGUCCGUGGUGUGGCUAUGAACCCUGUUGAGCAUCCCUUCGGAGGUGGUAACCAUCAGCACAUUGGCAAACCCUCAACCAUCAGGAGGGACGCACCUGCUGGUCGCAAGGUCGGUCUCAUCGCUGCCCGUCGCACAGGCAGACUGCGUGGAACAAAGACUGUCCAGGAGAAGGAGAAUUAA